AUGGAUCAGAUCCUUGGAAUGUCCGAGCCCGCCCAGCAGUUCUUCAAAGAUUCCUGCCGACUUGUCAAAAGAUGCACCAAACCUGAUCGUAAAGAGUUUCAGAAGAUAGCUGCUGCAACUGCUAUUGGAUUCUGCAUCAUGGGCUUCAUUGGAUUCUUUGUCAAAUUGAUCCAUAUCCCCAUCAACAACAUCAUUAUUCUUGGAAUGUCCGAGCCCGCCCAGCAGUUCUUCAAAGAUUCCUGCCGACUAGUCAAAAGAUGCACCAAACCUGAUCGUAAAGAGUUUCAGAAGAUAGCUGCUGCAACUGCUAUUGGAUUCUGCAUCAUGGGCUUCAUUGGAUUCUUCGUCAAAUUGAUCCAUAUCCCCAUCAACAACAUCAUUGUCGGAAGUUAA